AUCGCGGGUCGAAUUUGAAAAGUUGGAUGCCAUGGUAGUUGACGAAACCGCCAUUCCCGCUAUUCUAAGAAGCUCCAGAGCCAGACAACAAUUUAUUUUCUCUCUAUUAAAGUGCUGUAAAUCUGUUCGUAAUCUAGCGAAAAUCCAUGCCCAGAUAGUCGUCAGCGGCUUUAACCAGAAAAAUUACAUCCUUGUCAAUCUGUUAUCGCUCUAUAUCUCUUUCGGUUUUCUUGGAAGUGCUCAGAAAGUUUUCGGGGACGUCAGUGUACCGAGUACGACUGUGUGGAACCAGAUCAUUAGAGGGCAUGCGCGGAGCAAAUCGGCUCAAGAAUCAUUUGAGCUGUUCAAACGAAUGGCGGCGGCGGAAGUUGAGGCAGAUGGGUUCACGUAUUCGUUUCUUCUGAGUGCGUGUGCGAGAUCGAGGUUACUUCGAGAGGGAGAACAGAUUCAUGGGAGAGUUUUGGCCAGUGGGUAUUACUCCAACACGUACGUUAGAGUGAACUUAGUCAAUUUUUACGCGAAUGGUGGAGGGGAUUUUGGUCUCGAGAGUGCGCGUUACAUGUUUGAUGAAAUGCUCGAUAGAAACGUCGUGAGCUGGAAUUCCUUGCUAAAAGGGUAUGUUAGACGUGGUGAUUUUGAUGGGGCUAGAAAAGUUUUCGACGAGAUGCCUGAGAGAAAUGUCCAGUCAUGGACCACAAUGGUUGCUGGGUUUGCUCAAAAUGGCCACUGUAAGCUAGCUUUAUCGCUAUUUAGUCAGAUGGGGAGGGCUGGUGUGGCAUUGGAUCAGGUGGCGUUGGUGGCUGCAUUGUCAGCAUGUGCUGAAUUGGGAGACUUGACAUUAGGAAAAUGGAUUCAUAGGUAUAUACAAAAAACAUGGCAAAGUAGAAACUGGCCAGUAUUGGUGUCUCUGUUCAAUUCUCUGAUUCACAUGUAUGCAAGUUGUGGUGAAAUGGACAAAGCAUAUAAAGUGUUUGAAGAAAUGCCCCAGCGGAACACUGUGUCUUGGUCGAGCGUUAUCACCGGGUUUGCAAAACAGGGCCGUGGAGAAGAAGCCAUUAGAAUCUUCCAGUUGAUGCUGUGCUCGGGUGAAACUGAAGUAAGACCUGACGAGAUAACCUUCAUUGGGGUUCUCACUGCUUGUAGUCAUGCCGGUUUAAUCGACGACGCCUUUCGACUAUUCAAAUCUAUGCACGAUACUUUUGGAGUCAGCCCGCAGAUUGAGCAUUAUGGAUGCAUGGUUGAUCUCCUCAGCCGUGCAGGUUUGCUGAGUGAAGCAUCGAGUCUGAUUGAAAGUAUGCCAAUGAAGCCAAACAAUGCUGUGUGGGGAGCGCUCCUCAGCGGCUGCAGAGCUCACAAGAACUACGAAAUCGCAUCCCAUGCUGCCAAAAAAUUGGCUUUCGGAACCRAUCCCGACAACCAAGCUGCUGGAUAUUUCAUGCUCCUAGCUAAUGUGUAUGCUGCAGAUAAACGGUGGCAAGACACUGCCACAUUGAGACAGAGUAUGCUUGAAUUGGGAGUGAAGAAACCUGCAGGAAGAAGUUGGAUCCAGAUGAAUCAAGUUGUACAUGAUUUCGUGGCCGGGGAUGAGACCCAUAAGGACGUGAGUUUAAUUUACGAGAUGCUUCGUAAUUUAACCAGACAAGCCCGGAUGGAGAGCUGCAAAUCAGAGACAAUAUCAGAGGCACUAGUAGCCUGUAGGAGCAGCAGUUGAAGAACAGAGAACAAACUCUUUCUGGAAAAGGAGGAAAAAGUCAAAAAGAGGAAGACACGUGGGCGGUUCUGGCACGCCACGUAGAUUGCCAACAUAAACAGUCGACCAAUAG